CGGCAGACAGACUUCGAUCCUUCGCGUUCACCGAUGCCUCGCUGGUUCUUAGUGCUGGUACUAGCCGCACUUGCAACCUCGCAAGUGCGUGCUGCCCCAGCAAAUCAAAUGGACUUCGCCGCUUGUCCGGUCCGCCAUAGCCCCGAAUACUACUGCUGCGAGUACUCGGAGGUCAUCAAGGUGCUCUACACGAAGUACAACCGACCGUCGGGCGGUGCCUACGAGCCAUACUACGUGGACGGCUGGAACAAGCAGCGCCAAGUGAACUUCCCAGUCGCAAUGUAUCAUCCCAGCACGCCAGCGUUCAACUACACCGAUCCCAACACCGUGUGUCGAGUGCAAGCCAUGACCGACAAAAUAUCGGGCAAGCUCACUGAAGAACUACAAUGUGCUGAGACCAACUCAUCCCUGCCUUCUGCUUCGCAAGACGGCACCAUCUUCUGGACGUACAAAGACAACUGGCGUAACAACAACGCCUCAUUCCCGGUGGGCGCGAGCUGCUACAGCCUUAUGCGUCAUGACGGAACCGUUGAUAUGGAUCUGAAGACUGCUUGUACCAUUGCAAUGCUUGACCUCGCUAUGAUGCUGCCUCCAGUCAGAUUCACCACUUUCAUGGAGACGCCCUUGGUCACCAUUUACCUCCUGUACAUAUCGUUCUUUGCAUUACUGGGAUUCUGGAUCGUUUUAAAACACUAUCAUCAGAAAACCAAGCAGUUGGUAGACGAUAUCGAUAAGAAGCUGCUAGCGACGUCCCAGUAUUCUGCGAAGCUUGCUGCGGGUGAUAACUACAGCCGUCGCACGAGUAUCCGAGCCUCAGACGUGCAAAUGCAGGCAACAGCUAGCGAGGAUAUUGUACAGAUGGGCUUCUCCAAUUCGUCGUUCGGCUCGUUCGUGUUCGGCUGCUUGGUGGUAGCGUCGGUUGGUCUGAACAUACUUCUCAUCAUUAUCAUCGCUGAUUUCUAUCGCAACUUCGACCCGCCGCUAUUUGACAUAAGAGAGGACAACACGGCCGUCUUCUUCAUAGUAUGGGUCUUUGCACUCGUCUGGUUUGUGGUCAUCAUGUCGAUGCAGGACCGCAUCUCCAACUUCUUCCGUCUCCGUGUACCACUCGACAAGUGCAAGUUCGUCUACAUGCUCAAGCGCGACGAGACGGAAGUGCUGCUUGCCGAUCGUUCGGGUGUAUCGGACUUUGUCGCUAAGGUCGAGAGUUUCUUCGCCUCCAAGGGAAAGAUCAGCGGAUACCGUACGACUGUUCCGGUGGUGGAGGUUGAUGGUCUUCGUGUUGUCGAGUUCCAACACAUCCGCUACGUGUACGAGGAGACUGAGCAACGCUUCGUGCCGGGAGCCGUCGCACUUGGUCGCACCUACGAUGACAUGCAACAGGAAGCCAGCGGUCUAUCAGAUACCGAAGCGAGACACCGUAUCAACACGGUCGGAUCGAACUCGGUCGAUGUGGAAAUGCCGUCGUUGCCGGUAUCUAUGGCGCAGGAGUUCUUCACACUGUUCUACAUCUACCAGAUCAUGUGCUACUACGUCUGGUACUACUUCACGUACUGGAACAUGGGUAUCGUCAUGACGGUUGUGGUUUUGGGCGCUGCCGUAGUUAACAUCUACACGCAGCGUCAGAUCCAGUCGUCCAUUGUCAAAAUGACCCGUUAUCGCACGGAUGUGACGGUAUUCCGCGCUGGUGAAUGGCGAGUGUUGUCAUCUCCUGAUCUGGCUCCCGGUGAUCUGGUGAAGGUGUCUGAGAACUGGGUGGUGCCGUGCGAUAUGGCCAUCGUGAAGGGCACGACGGUGUGUGACGAGUCCAUGUUGACUGGUGAAUCGAUGCCGGUGCAGAAGUUCCCGAUUCCGGAGCGCAGCUCGGAAGUGUACGAUCCUGAGAAGGGCAGCAAGAAGCACACGCUGUUCGCCGGCACUCGCGUGUUGUCUUCGGGUCGCAAUGAGGAGAUUCUGGCUAUUGUGCAGACAACCGGCGCACACACGACGAAGGGCCAGUUGAUCCAGUCGAUCCUGUUCCCGAUUCCGAUGCGUUUCAAGUACAACGAACACCUCAAGGUGUUGAUCGGCCUUCUGUUUGUUUACGCUUUGAUCGUCUGCAUUGUCUUGAUCUAUUUCCUCUUUGGCAAUGGUAUGCUCCGCAACCGGUUCGCCGCGUUCUUUUCGUGCGUUUUCGUGUUGUUUUGUGUCGUUAGUCCGCUGUUUCCGGUUGUCAUCACGGUUGGCCAGGUGAACGCGUCGCAACGCCUCGAGAAGCUUGGUGUCUUCUCGCUCAACGUGCAGCGUAUCACUCUCGCCGGUAAGGUGCGCAUCUUCUGCUUCGACAAGACCGGCACGCUCACUAAGCAGGGACUCGAUUUCCUGGGCGUGCAACCUGUCCAGAACAACCUGUUCACUCCCAUCGUCAACGACGUCAAGGAUGCACCGUCAUCCGAAGAACUGCUGUACGCCCUGACAACGUGCCACUCGGUCGGUUCGCUUGAAGACCGUCUCGUGGGUAACGAAGUGGAGGUGCGUAUGUUCACGGCGACGGGCUGGGAACUGGUCGAGAAGGAAGGUGUACAGCCGUACGUGCGGUCGAAGGUGGACCCGGGACUGGAACUCGAGUUCGUCAAGCGCUACGACUUCGAUCACCACCGCAUGUCCAUGAGCGUCGUGGUGCGCAACCGCAAGAGUGGCAAGUACUACGUGUUCUGCAAGGGUUCGUACGAGCGCAUGCAGCAACUGAGCACACCGGGAAGCGUGCCGGCCGACUACAAGAGCGUGGCUGACCGUCUGGCCAAGGACGGGUGCUACGUGCUGGGUCUGUCGUACCGCGAGCUGCCGAGCGACUGGACGCACGACCAGGUUGUCGAGUUCGCCGACAACCGCGAGGCCGUGGACGAGAAUUUGUCGCUGCUGGGUCUCAUCCUGUUCCGCAACGAGCUGAAGGACGACACGGCGGACGCCAUCGCCAAGCUCAAGGCCGGCGACAUCCGCACGGUCAUGAUCACGGGUGACAACGCCAUGUGCGGCUGCUACAUCGCUCGCCAGAGCGGCAUGGUGUCGUCCAGCUCGCGUGUGAUCCUGGGUGAGAUGGUGUCGACGACGGAGGUGAAGAAGCUGGUAUGGCGCGACGUGGACUCGGAGGAGGAGUACGACCUGCCGGCUGUGAAGAACCUUGUCGAACGCGGUGAAGACGUGGAGCUGGCCGUGACGGGCGUGGCGUUCGACUACUUGGUGUCGAUGGGCGAGAUCAAGGGUUUGCUGCUGCACAUCCGUAUCUACAGUCGCAUGACACCCGACGGCAAGGUGGAGUGUGUGAAGCUGCAUAUGGAGACGGGUGCGGUGACUGGCAUGUGCGGCGACGGUGGCAACGAUUGUGGUGCUCUUCGUUUCGCGCACUGUGGUGUGGCUCUGAGCGACGCCGAAGCUUCGGUUGUGUCGCCGUUCACGAGCAAGUCGAAGACGAUCCAGUCGGUGGUUGAUCUGUGCCGUGAAGGCCGCUGUAGCUUGGCCACAUCCUUCGCGUCCGUCAAGUUCCUCGUUGUAUACGGCCUCAUUAGCUCGAUGUUGUGGGUCUUCCAGUCGUAUCACACCGUGAUGGUGUCGCAGUGGUGCUGGAUCCUGUCGGACGGAUUUUCGCUGCUCGGCUGUUCGUACUUUAUCACGCUGGCGAAGCCGCUGAAGGAGCUCAAGCCUGUUCGUCCGACGUCCAGUCUUAUCGGGCCCACCACCCUCGUGUCACUAUUCGGCCAGCAGGUUGUCAAUAUCAUCUUUCAGUGCUUCAGUGUCCACCUACUAACCAGUGAGGUCUGGUACUGCCCAUUCUCACCCGAGUACAUCGAUGCGGCCAAGUGGUGGCUCAUGGCGGACAACCACUUGUCAACGCUGUUCUUCUUCACGAUCAUCUUCCAACAACACACGGCUGCUUGGGUCUUCAGUUUCGGCUCGAUCUACCGUCAGCCGAUCUGGAAGAACUACCUAUUGAUGGGAUUCCUUGCGGUACUAGCGACAAUCGAUCUGUAUCUGCUUCUAGGGGAGCCUAAUGCCGUCACGGACCAGUUCCGCAUCUCCAGCGGCACGAACGUCGUUGGUUUGCCGGAUAUCCCCAUGCCUCUCAGCUUCCGUCUCAAGUAUCUCGGCGUCGUUCUAGGCCACUUCAUUGUCAGUGUCUUUUUCCAGCAUGUUGUAGUGCUCGGCCCCGUGCGCUCGUACUUCCGGAAGAAAUACCAUUCGGACGCGAUCCCGAUGAGGCAGUAGGUUGGGCGAUUUCGCCUGAAUGAAUGAAGAUAUAACUACAAGACCACCGGUUUACCGAUCUCAUAACCGGCAAAAACUGUGCCGUUGGAUGGGAAAAAACGAGAAAAAGCCACUAAAAAUUUAAUGGUUUUCUUUGGGCUGAAUGCCAUCCCGGCUAAUCAGCCGGGAUGAGAUCUCAUAUCAGUAUUAUUACGAAUAGUAGCGCUUACUACCAUUUAGGGAGAAAUUACUAUUUCUAAAAUGAUUGUGCUCUUAUCCAUUAAAGAACAAGUAAG